AGCGUUCAAAAUCAUGUGCGUUGCUGCAGUCUCUCGGACGUCCCUCGAACACUGGAGAGACACAAAUAACGAAGAAUGGAAAGAACAUGUCUCAGUGAUGGUCAAUCGCUUCCAGAACUCAAACGUCACUGCUGGGCUGGUACUCGCAACUACUGCUUUGCUCCUGACGACGAGCUCUCCUGUAACUAGCUUGAUGGUUCUUGACACUGCAGCCUCCUAUGUCUUCGCCAUGAUUGCAUUUAGUGCUGCAUUGCUCAGUGUAAUAUCGGGAGCUGCGGUCGUGGUCAUCUAUCAAACUAGCACUGUUCAUAAAGACAUGGAACACCUCAGAGACAUGUCACGAUGCCAAAUUAUCUGCCUGUUGUUGUGGUUGGCACACCCCUCAAUUUGUCUGGCAGUCGCCGCUUGCUGUUUGUUUGUGUCUCUCUUUAUCGCUUGCUUCUGCUCUGGAAAUGUCCCGGUCCAAGUCAUAACAGCCACAGGUUGUUUGGCCUUCGUUUUCAAUGGACUCCUUACGCUCCACGUUUUCAAUUGCGUGCCCGAACCGGAUGCCGCACAAACCCUAGACUUAGUACAGACUGGUUACGAGUCUACAAAAACCCGCCGACGACCCGGGUGGAAUGCGUUCUGCGUGCAUUGAAGAUGUAUGAUGACUUGGUUUGGUAUAGAUCAAGGUUUGGAUGACACGGCUAGUACGAUAUGUUAGCUAGUAGACUCGCAAUUCGAUCGUCUUUUGCCAUUGGCAUAGUCUCAGUAUGCG